AUGGGCCCAAGACAAACUCACAAGUACGACAUGAUCCCAAAGAUGCAGGCACGCUACAAAGAAGCCCGUUACCUUGUGCCCAAAGUCGCUAAGCUUAUCGGACCUGCUGUCACCGAGCCUGCUCUCCGAAUCGCCGUAGAUUCCCAGGCCAGUGACAAUGCGCCCAAGACUUAUCCCACUAUGCCACCAACUGAGGAUGCCCUCGGUUCCCCCAUUCACCCACUUGUUGAUGGCCUACUGAAGUCUGUGCACAAUCAGGAAGAGCAGGAGGACUUUUUCGGCUUUCUUAGCGGCAUUGCUAAUACAGCUGCUAACGUCGUUUCUACUGAUGCCCCUAUCAUCAGUGCAGUUGGUUCGAUUGCUGAUGCAGUUGGUUCGAUUGCUGAUGCGAUUGGAGGAGGGGCCGAGGACAGCUUUGAGCCGGACUCUGGUGAUUUAGCCCCACAUGUUGAGGUUCUUUGUCACAGGGCCUUUCUUGGUGAUGCCGCCCUUUACGCUCUGAUGAGCGUCCCGACCAAAGACAUUCAAGAGGAAGGGUUUUUCGGCGAUCUCGUUAACACCGUCAAGAAUAUCGGAAGCACGGUUAUCAAGGUGGCCCCUACAGUCAUCAAGACUAUCACUCCCAUUGUCCAAAACCUCGGCAGUAGGCACUUAUAA